AUGGCACAUCGUCAAAGGAGGACAAGUGUUGCGGGAGUAUUCAAUAUAGCGAUCGAGGCAAAUGACCUUGCGCAACUCAAAUUUGCAUUGAAGUUUCACAAAGCGAGGAUAAAUGAACAGGACGAGAAAGGGAGCACAGUCCUGCAUCGCAGCUGCCUCUCUGGUCAGUUAGAAAUGGCUAGGUUGUUGGUGGAAAAUGGAGCGGAGUUAGAGCUGCGAGAUGAGCGCGGAUGGACUUGUUUGCAUUACGCAGCUUUUGGCGGACAUGUCGACGUAGUAAACUUUCUAAUUAACUCUUGCGUGGAUGUAACAGCAAUGUCGCAAGAAGGUCAACUUGCUAUAGAUGUCGCAAAAGGAGAAGGAAUAGUUUUCCUUUUAGCUUCAGCGAUUCUUAGAGCUGGAAAAGAGCAUCUGCUUCUACCAUACAUGGACGGGUCAACAUCAAGCUUGGAAACUGAGAGUUUACAUUCCAGUGGUGAUGUUGAAAACUGCGAAAAUUGGACUCCAAAAGCUAAGAGAGCUCUUUCUGAGGAAGUUUUACGCGCAAGUCAGCAGUUUCUUGCACAGAGCUUUGGUGCGUAUGUAGAUGAGAAAUUCAACUUAAAUUCAAGUUUUGGCAAAAGUGGCGAUAAGAGUGACGAAAGCCUUCACGCUGCUCCCGAGAAACCAAAGCUCACAAAGAAAAAUUCAUGCCCUCGUGUCAAGAAUGACCCACAACCAGAAGAGGCACCUCGGAAGAAACCCCGCUUGAAAAGUUUUAAUUCGGCUUUCUCUAGCGAUGUUUUGAAGCGUUAUGCUGUAAGUGAGACAAAUUUGUUGGGAGAGCAAAGCGAUCUAAGUCAGAAGGAAACUGGUGCGGAAAUUAGUCGAGCUCCGAAUUAUUCAGACCUGAAUAACGUGGACUCAGAAACUUGGAUUUAUUCGCUGUGA